AUGAGUGGUUAUUUUCUCAAAUCAUUUUAUCUACUUCUCCUGCUUUCAUUGCUUGCUUCGGGAAUUAGUGUGACAUUGAAGAACUCAAGUGAAAGUGGUGAAGCAAAGUGCAUAGAGAGGGAGAGACAAGCACUCCUCAACUUCAGAGUGGGCCUUAAAGACCCUGGCAUGCUGUCGACUUGGACCAGCCAUCACAAUAAUGCAGAUCGCUGCAAAUGGAAACGCAUUCAUUGCAACCAUCAAACUGGUCAUGUACAACUACUUGAUCUUCGUGGAACAACGCACUACACACAAUUGAGAGGUGCAAUCAAUGUCACUUCAGCAGCCAUAAUGAUUUUGCUGGGCCUUACAUCCCAGACUUCAUGGACUUUCUUGCGUCUGGUAUCUGGGAGGAAAACCUCCUGCCAUGGUUGA